CGCGAAGGAGUAGCAGUUGUGCUCGAGGCGUCGUGGGAGUUGGUCACAUACACGACCAGGCAUAAGACGCUGCCGUUUUAAAUUUCUUGUGUUGUGAUUAUUUUAAUUUAAGGAUUGUGUGAAAUGCAGUGGUUACUAGCUGGUUUACUAUGUUGGGCGACGCUUGCGAUUGGAAGCGAACUGCCAGAUUUGUUAGAAACAAAUCCAUCAGUGGAGGUGCAGUGCUUAGCUGGCACAGAAUGGAAGAGCAACUGUCACAGCUGUCGAUGUCUAUCCAGCGGCAUCGCGGAGUGCUUCAAGGAGGAGUUAUGUGACACCAGUAUAACUGCGGACCCUAUACCUUGCAAGCCGCAUACAGUAUUUAGCAGGGACUGCAGCAGCUGCAUCUGCCUACCCAACGGCAAAGCGCAGUGCACGCAGGCCGUUUGCAAUCGGUCAAACAUUCCAAAGAAAUCCGAGCUAUUAUCGGGUAAGGAGUGUUCACCGGGAUCUAAAUGGUCAAGCCAGUGCAACGAGUGCCACUGCACCAGUGAGGGAUAUGCGUCCUGUACUGAAAUGAAAUGUCCCGGACAGGAGAAUGAGGCAAUGCUACGCUGCGCUCCUGACACCGUCUGGAUGAAUGAGUGCAACACAUGCUGGUGUACUACCGAUGGUCGGGCCAUGUGUACUAGGAUGGGCUGCAUGGUGUUACCAGCAAUUGAUUUCAAAGAAAAUGCCACGGAAGAACCUAUUAUAUCAAAGGUAUUAAGAUCGGAUGUAAAGAAAGAGAACAGCACAAAGGCGAUCAUCUGUUCAGCGAACAGAAUGUUCAUAAAAGACUGCAACACAUGUUGGUGCAAUGAAGACGGAACCAGCUACUUCUGCACUAGGAAGGUCUGCGUCAUGGAAGUACCGGAUGAAAUUACAGAAGAAUUGUCAGAGAACGCUCGCGUAAUAAAACAGAAGUGUCGUCCGGACGAGGUAUUUGAGAUGGACUGCAACAUGUGCCGGUGCAAUCCCGAUGGACAAUCAUAUUCUUGUACUAGACGAGCGUGUUACCCUGAUGAUGAUGUACAGAAAGCCGACAGUAUCGUAGAAAAAAAAGAUAAGGUAUCGUCAAGGAAGAGACGUGCUCCUCCACAGGAGCCGCCCAAGGCGUGCCAGCCGGGACAGGAAUUCCGCAUCGACUGCAACAAAUGUCUCUGCAACAACGAGGGUCACGACUUCUCAUGCACGCGCAUCGACUGCGCCAUGCUCAACAGUAACAAUAACGGUGGAGUCAGGAAAAAGCGAGAAACGACAGAAGAGAUUACCACCAACUGUUCCGCGGGCGCAGCAUUCCAACGCGCCUGCAAUGUAUGUCUUUGCGGAGCAGAUGGUCAGCGAGCGACAUGCACCACACACGACUGCGACCAGGUCAAAACUAGCGAUGGACUAAAUGCACCGGAAUCGGAUCCUAACUUCCGAUGCAACCCAGGAGAACAGUUCAAGCGAGAGUGUAACGACUGCACGUGUUCCGCCGACGGCAAAAGCGUUUUUUGUACUUUACGUUACUGUUCCGUAUACACGCCCUGAAUGAAGCAAAACUUGAGCACUGCAAAUGUAACCUUAAAACAUGGUGAUAAAAUACAUUAUCGAUUUAUCCGAGGAAAAGAGUUACUCUUAAGUUAUAAAAGAUGUAUCUCUUUUCGUCGGAUUGAUCGAUUUUCACUCAGUUGCAUUUGAUUUUUAGUGCAAUAUCGUAAAAUACGACUUACCUCCUAUCAUCCUUUCAGCGUAAUUCAUAUAUUUUAUACUUCGAGACAUGAAAGUACACUUGGCACGUAGGGAACAAGAGUAUUUGUUCUGCGCGACGUGCCAACUCAAACUCUUCUGCUCAAACCCUACUAUACACCCACAUUACUAUACAAUUACAGUGGCUUACAAAAUUGUUAAUAACAUAAUAAUGGCUUCCGCAACCGUAUUAGUUUAAUAUAGUAUAAGAUAAAAAAUAUUCUUUGUAGCAAAUUCGAGAAUACUAAAAUCUGUGUAAGCUCCACUUUCAUGUCACGAAGUAUACUUCGGUGUUGACAGCAUUAAUAGUAUUUUAUUUAUAUGCCAUAUUAGAUGUCACAUUUUUAACACUGGCCGUUUUUAUCGCAAUUUUU